UGUAUGUUUUCGAAGUAGGCUCGAUGAGAGAAACCUGCAACUGUAUAUAGCUGGAACAGAGAAAGAAAAGUGCGUCAUCGCAAAUAAAGAAAACUGAUAUUUUGCACCAACUAACGAGUUGCUAUAUAAAUGCCUUUUUAAAAAUGGUGGGCCAACAUAAUAUGGAAAUCAUUGAAGCGCGAAAGGAACUGGAAAAAUUAAAAGAACGCGAAAGACAGUUAGAAGCAAGAAUGGGAAACAGAAGAGUGCAAGUAAUCGCUCAACAUAAUGGUAGCACAGCUAUGAACAACUUCGAAGAUUUAUAUAACCAAGACACAAAGAAAUAUCGAGAAAGCUAUGGGGAGCUUUCAGAUAGCGCAUAUGUUAAAAUAAAACGCGAAACAAAAGAAAUCCAGGAAGCAGAAGAUGAAGAAAUUGACGGUAGACGAAGAUCGAGAUUAUCAAAAACAAAUCCAAACAAAGAAGAACCAUUAAUAUACUUAAGCGACAAUGAGGAGGACGCGGAAAUUCUAAAAGUGUUUGAGUCUGACCAACAAAAUAGUCAGCUUUACAUGAACAGCAACCAUAGUGGCUAUGAGAAGAGUAACAACGAAAGUGACGGGGCCGAGGAAUGGCGAAUGUCUGACUCAAGCACGGAACAAAUGCUUGGUCAACAGGUAGAACAAUACGAUGAGUUAUACAGAAAAGAACUUGGGCACCGAAGUUUUCGCGAAGAAGAAGAGGAAUACGAAGAUGAGGAUGAGGAUGAAGACAAUUAUGAAGAAAGACGAUAUUCUUUAGACAAACGACAAGAUGUGCAACACGACAUUGAGGAGGAUCUACGUCGCGAACAGCUUUUAAAAUUUGAACGAGGGUCCGUUGAAGAUGUGUAUCGGUUACAUGACAACAUUGAAUCCGAAGAAGAGGAGCAGGAUAUGGAAGAUACGCGCGAAAAAAUUAUGCGCGAAAUUGCCGAAGAAAAGCGACGGGAGAUUGAACAGCAUGCUAAGAACCAAGAAUAUGGCUUUGAACACGACGAUGAAGAUGAACAAGACGUAGAAGAGCAAAGCGAUGGAGAACAAUAUGACCCUCGAGAUUUGAUCUCCCUAGAAAUACAACAACUACGCGAGAGAGAGUACGAACUUAAACAUUUAAAUCCCGAUAUAUAUAAAUAUAACAUCGAUGCGGUGGAGAGUGACGAAAAGGAGCAGGGACAUUUUGUUGAUCCAAGUGUAAGGAUCGAGCAGGAGAUAAGAGAACAACAGGAACGCGAGGUAGAACUCAACCAAAUGCGUCGAACUUUAAGCAACGAGAAUCUCCUUCUUAUAAACGAUCUCGAAGAAGUGGAAGAACGACCUGAGCAAGAUGUUGACAUACGCGAGAAAAUAUACCGGGAGAUGGAAGAAUUAAAAAUCAGAGAAAAGGAAUUGCGGACUAACGAUGACUAUAAAACAGAAUAUGACAUUAUAAAUUUGAGCAGAGAAGAACUAGAGGAUCCUGAUGAACAGUUGGACGUGCGAGAUAAAAUUAAUCAAGAAAUAUACGAUUUGAAAAAAAGAGAAGAAGAACUGCGAAAACACUACAAUUACUCCUUCGUGGAACAGCCUAGCUAUGAGGUUAUUAUGAUGCCUGAUGAACAGCUAGAAGAGACGAGAGAACUUCCCGCCAGAGGUUUAAAAGAUACGGACAAAAAGAAGUUUGGAUCAAGAGAAGAUCUUGUCGCGUUUUACGGGACACAUUCUGAAGACCACAAUGUGGUUAAAAAAACGCAACGCAAACCUAGUCCGAAUCGUGUAAGAAUACCUAAGGUAUUUACUUCACCCACACACACAAGCGAGGCAAGUCGAACAAGGGAGGGAAACCGAACAAGCAAGGCAAAUCAAAAAAAUAAGGCAUACGAUUCCGGACAUUAUGAAAGUCCUUCACAUAGCAAAAAGGCUGCUUCUAACAGCACUUCUAAUCGAAAAAACGUGAACCAUAGGGAGAACAGCCACGACGAACAAGAUUAUGUCAACCAUAACGACAACGCCCUAACUCAAAAUGGCGGUAAUACCCAAAAUGGCGGAUUGAUAGAUCAUGAAACGGAUAUCAAAACAUACGAAUUCGAACCGUACUUUCACGACGAAAUUAAACCAAUGAAGGCUUCCAAAAAGAGGUUGGUACGACAAAGAAAGCGAAGCGUGAACGAACGAAAAGGUUUGCUAUCACAAGAUGUUAACAAAGAAGAAAAGAUGAAUAGUAACACAAGAGCUGACGAGAAAAGCAAAAAACAGGGACCGAACAGUAGCAAAAUAUGGCACAUUCACCCCAUAGCUGCAAAGUGGGAAAAGAAAGGUGAGGAGGAGAGGCAACGGAAAAGAGCCAGGGAAUUAGAAUUGCAAGAAAGAAAAGAAGAGCGUUUGAGAUAUCUUGCUGAAAAAGCUGAACACGAGAGGCAACUACAGUUAUUGCGUGAGGAGGAGGAACGAGCGAAAAAAAAGAGAGAAUGGGAAAUGCAAAUUCUUCGCGCCAAACAACAAGGUCUGAAUCAACUUUGGACAUCUAAGAAGCCUAUAGUCACUGUAGCAGACAACCCAGAUCAGGAUGAUACUUAUCUGCUGAAAGAGAAAAAAAGAGUAACACCCAGAUCAAAACAGGCGUGGAAGACAACACCAACAAAAGAAACUAAUCCAAUCCAGUCAAUCGCCAUUUCGAAGAAAAUUCAAAGAUGGGAGAAAAAAAUUGCGAAAGUAAAUGCAGCAGAAUAAACAAAACAAAAAAACUGGGCUUGAAACAAACAAGAAAACGUGGAAAAUGCUAGCAUGCAUCGUUCGCGUAACAUUACAUGUUCAGUGUGUUAGCCAGCUCAAACAUACAGCCUUCUCAUACAUAACGUAAAAACUGCGUUUUUUCUCUCCUUGCCACGAUUUAACAAAAGCAUUCAGUAAAAACAAAACAUUCACACAACACCCAACUUCUUUAGAGCAACAAUGGUUAAAAAUUAGAGAUUUCUGGCUAACAUACUGAUGUAUUGAACUAAAAUCCUCUCGAGAUCAACAUGUAUAAUUGAACUAAACACGGUAUAUAGCAAAA